AUGCAAUUUGCUGGGAAAGCAUUGGAGGAUCUUCUGCUCUUUGCAAAAAACCAGGAAUGUCUGACUGUUGGAGUCUACGAGUCUGCAAAAGUCAUGAAUAUUGAUCCAGACUGCGUGGCUUUCUGUGUUCUGGCAACUGAUGAGGAGUACGAAUGCGACAUCGCCCUGCAGAUCCACUUCACCUUAAUCCAGGCGUUCUGCUUUGAUAACGAUAUAGACAUCGUGAGAGUGAACGACACCCAGCGACUGGCUGAGAUUCUGGGCGACACUGAUGAGUCUGAAGAUGUGCACUGCAUUCUUGUCACGAAUCCAAGUGCAGAUACGUUUGAAGACCCUGCUCUGGAAAAGCUGAGCUUGUUCUGUGAGGAGUGUCGCGGCUUCAAUGAAUGGGUCCCUGCUAUCACACUCCCUGAGCGUUGAACCGAGACACGUCAACUCCUGUUGGGGAUGCGUAACCUUAGUUUAAUUAUCAUCAUGGAAUACAUGGGUUACCCAUCAAAUUCCUGAAAUAUGUUAAUUAUUCUGUUGAGGAAUCAGAUGCGGAAUCGGGAAAUCGCUGGAAUAGGCUUUUUGCAGAGCCAUGCGACACAGAUGGACGGUUCAUACCAAGGUGCCCCCCACUUUCCAGAUGGAGUGGGGGCUGGUAUACCAUGGAAAAGAGUUGGGGAGUACUUGAGUGGGGUCUGUGUGGAGACUUGUAAGGGAGGAAAAGAGAACUGAUAAAGGGCAUAUAUGAGUAUGGGAAAUUUUAAAUGAAUUUAUUGUGAUGAAAUGAAUAACUGCUGUGAAAAGUUUUGACAGUAGUGAACAUGAAGA